GGGGGGAAACAAAGAAAUUGCAACAGGCAGGCAGGCUGAUGUGUUUUCCUGCAAAGUUUAGGACUUCAAAAGUUAACUUCUAAGCAACUGCAGAUGCGAGGAUAAAAGCUGCCUUGGACACUAUGCAGCAGCCCUUACCUUCCCAGCAGCAUCUCCAACUUGUUGCCUGCCUCUGCUGGAUUCCCCUGUUGGCCAUUAGCAGUGAGUCAGCUCCAUUAGCUCCUGAGUGCUCCCCAGCUGGACAUCGCAUCCUCCGCAGCCCGUACCGCAGCACCAGGUUUGACUCACUGGAGCUGCAGCGAAAAUCUGCUCAGGACCUGGUGUGUGACCACUCACUGCCACCAGCAUGGUACCGGUUCAUGAUCAACAACAAGCCUGCGGAAAUGCCAACGAGAUGCAUUGAAAUGAACAAAUGUGGGACACAAGCUCCAGUGUGGCUGUCACUGAAGUCCGAAUCCCUGCCUGCUCCGGGUGAAAGCAAGCACCUGACAGCCUGUGCUACCUGGCAGGUCUUCGAGGGCACGAAGGACUGCUGCUUGUUCCAGAUACCCAUCACUGUCAGGAACUGCAUCGAGUUCUUUGUUUAUCUCUUGCAGCCGACUCAAGGAUGCAUGGGCUACUGUGCAGAAGAAAAACUCCCAAGCCUGACUUUGCAGCCAGUGAUAACCCCUGCACUCAUGCGAGGUCGUGCCCACCUGAAAUGUGCCUACAGCUCACCUGCCUGGGGGCUGCGCUACGUGGUGCUCUGGUCACGUCUGGUUGCACCAGGCAGGCAGGAGCAGAUCCAUCUGGACACCACCCUGCAGAUGUGCUCCUACCUGGACAUAAGCAGCGGACAUCUCCGGCUGGGAGACACAGUCUUCUGCACUGUCACUGCAUUUGAGAGGAACAGUCCUGAGCAGCGGUCAUUGCCUGAGCAGAGCAAAGGUUUCUAUGCUGGGAUUAAGUUUUUACCAGAAUCGUUACAAAUUGCAGAAGAUGGCAAGGAGCAUGUUUUGACCAUCCUGAGCACUGUUCCCAUUACCUGUUCCGGGUACAACAAUUCAUGUAAAAUCACCUUGCGGCUCAGUACUGAGGAUCUGGAUAGCCAAUUACUUGGGGCCCCAAACAUCGUCCUCUCAGCAUGCCAGGUGGAUCUGGUGCCGGCGCCCUGCUCAGAAAGCAGCUGUGCAACAGCUGUACUAACAGUGACAGCCGUCACCGACUUCACUCAGGAUGGGAACCGCAUCAGCCACAUCAGAGCCGAGCCAGUUGGACACAGAGAUGUGCUUUGGAGGGCUCACGCCUCAAAGGAUGUAAAGGUCACAGUUCAAGACCUCCCAACAGGGAACUGCUACUCUUUCACUGAUCCACACAUUAUCACGUUUGAUGGAUGGCGUUAUGAUAACUAUAAAAUUGGCACCUUCCUUUUGUGCCAGAGCACGUCGCGGGCAUUCGAAGUGCAUGUCCGUCAGUGGGACUGUGGGGGACACCGCUCUGCUACUGCCUGCAACUGUGGGGUGGCUGCAUGGGAGGGGAGCGACAUCGUCCACCUGGACGCCUGCAAUGGGCACUUUCGGGACAGCAGGCCGCAGCUCAACGUCCAAAGUACUGAGGCAUCGCCACAGGUCAAAAUCCUAACGUCCUACGGAGGGAGAAAGAUAACAAUUUAUUGCCAGGAGACAUUUUGGGUGAAGAUAGGUCCACAGCAGAGCCAGAACGCUGCCAGGGAGUGCCUGUGUUUGGCUGUCCUUGCAAUCUCACUUGGAAAAGAUCUUGAUGAGAUCCUGUUCCCUUCGGGAGCAUUCGUUCGAGCCGAUGUGAGCGAGUGGGGAAUGGGCUUGACAGUGAGGACGCCAAGCAGUGACUUCAACAGCACCAGAGGUUUGUGUGGCCGCUUUGAUGGGAUCGGUCACAACGACUUGAACAAUAUGCCUGAGGAAGACUUCAUAGAGGAGUGGAGAAUACCUCCGGGGAAGAGUUUAUUUGACAAAACUCCAGCAUCUUCAGAAGGGAAGCAAAAUAAAAAUUACUACAGAUGCCAGAAGGAGAGCUCAAAGUCCAUGCCCUUGGUAAAGACACUGAAUGCCUUUCAGAUGCAAUCUCCUGGUUGCCAUUAUGAUAAUGUGGAUUACACUUUUGCAAUCCCAUAUCUGGAUGUGACAUCAGAGUUUAUCACUCACUCAGGCAAAGAGUUUGCUUCAAGAGAUGAUGGGGAACCGUCACCCAAGUCUUUUGAUCAGAGAUCUGUGCCUAAAUCAGUCAAAAAGCGAGGUAGCCACGAGGAGCGAUUAAAACAUUUCUCACAUAAUGCUUCCAUGAAAAACAAAAGUUCCCUUAACUUUACCAAGCCAACAGAAGAACUACAGAGACCAAAAAGACAAGAAGACUACUUUGAAUACUCAGCCCUUCACCCAUUGCAUAACCCAAGCCAGACAGACACGGAAAGCUUUGCCUACUUUUUCCCAGAGGAUUAUUUUGAAGGGAUUCGGAUAAAACUCCCACUGGGAUGGCCCACUCCCAGUGGCCUAACCUCUGCCAAAGCUCAAGAGAUUUGCCACCAAAUUCUUGCAAAUUCCACCAUUGCCUUAGUGUGUAAGGCUCUCCUGGGAAAACUGAUAGACGAGGCCAUCAAUAUAUGCAUGUUAGAUCUGCAGCUCAAGGAUGACGUGGCCUGGGUGACAGCACUGAUAGCGCUCUUGGAGAAUGAAUGUGAAAGACAAGUGCUAAGGAACAGAGGUAAAGUGUUUCGUGUUGGAAGCCAGCCAUCUGCUACCCAGGAGGAAAUCCUUACCAUUCUUCGCUGUCCUGCUUUCUGUAACGGCAAUGGACAAUGCACAGACAUGGGCUGCCAAUGCUUUGGAGACCACAGUUCCUAUGAUUGUAGCACUGCCAAAAAGCAAGCUCUGGAAAUCACAAGCUUGGAAAACAGGGGCCUAUGUGACAUUCGCACCUCUGACUGCAGCCGUGUCCGGGUGUUCGGCAUUGGCUUCAAGGAUUCUCCCCAUCUGCACUGCGAAGUCACCAGAUUAAUUCAUCUCAACGGCGAAUGGAUAUCAAGAGAUCAAGAAACCACACGAGCAGAUUUUCUCAGCUCUAAGGCUGUUGACUGCCAGAUUCCUCUCCUGAACAUUACAGAGAUGGAGGCUGUGCACUUUGUAGCUGGCGAUGAGCCGUUCGCGAGAUGGCAAGUGAAAAUCACUGAUGAUGGCUUCCAGUACAGUAAUUCCAGAGUGCUGACCCUGUACGACGCAGUCUGCCAGGCCUGCGAAUCCCAUCCAACUGGACUUUGUAAAUUAAAGGACAAUACUUGUAAUAUAGAUGGACUUUGCUAUGGAGAAGGAGAGUCAAGCCCUGCCAGUCCUUGUCUUCUCUGUGAACCUGGCAUUUCAAAGUUCACCUGGUCUAUUAAUGAAAACAACCUGCCUCCUGUGUUCCAGGCCCCCUCCAGCCAGCUGCUGACAUUUAUUGGUGAGAAUUUUGUUUACCAGUUAACAGCGGUGGAUCCGGAAGGGUCAGCUGUGCUAUUCAUCUUAGAGGCUGGGCCACAGGAUGCCAGGCUCUCUCCCGCUGGCCUUCUUAUCUGGAAAGUUGAUUCAGAAGAAAUGCAGACCUUUGAAUUCACUGUGUCGGAUGAAUGCAAUGCGCAGAGAAGAUACACUGUUGAGGUUCGAGUGAAGCCCUGCAGCUGUCUCAAUGGUGGAUCGUGUGUUACCAAUAUUAAAUUCCCUCCAGGCCUUGGUGAAUAUCUGUGUUUAUGUCCAAGUGGAUUUGAUGGAGGGCUUUGUCAGGAAGAUAUUAAUGAGUGCAAAUCAAACCCGUGCAAAAGCGGAACAUGCGUGGAUGGUGUGGACAGCUAUGCUUGUGAAUGUCCCCCUGGUUUAGGAGGGCUUACUUGUCAGGAAGACCAAAACGAAUGCGAGGAGGGUCUAUGUUUUCCUGGAGUGUCCUGCAUAAACACCUUUGGAUCAUAUGUAUGUGGAAAUUGUCCGAGUGGGAUGGAAGGAAAUGGUAAAACUUGCAAAUCUGUGCUUGCUGCUGACUUUACAAAAGCUUUAAUCAUGGACAACAACAAUGGCAAAGGUGAAUUGAACAAAACUGAGGUUCAGUGGCCACUGCAACCCUUAGAGGCAAAGAAUUCUCCUGUAAUUAAGCAUUUUAACAUUAGCCAUAAUCACGGCCACACAGCACAUCAGCCCCACGUUACCACCUGUGCCAACAGGCCAUGCUUUCCUGGAGUGCUGUGUUUUGACAGGAAACCCCCUUAUGUUGGCUAUGUCUGUGGCCGAUGUCCAACAGGGUUUUUUGGAAAUGGCCGAAUCUGCAGCAAAACCCCCAGACCAGUUUCAAGAUCUUCCCAAAGCCAUACAGAUGUUGCUGAAAGAAACAGUGAAGAUGCCAGAGGCUCUCAUCAAGAAGGCAAGACAUCAAGAAACAUUUAUGCCCUUCCUUCCCAAACUCAAGUUCCAAGGCAAGAAGCUACAUACGCUGUGGAAAGAAACCACACAGUAAUUAAUACAGCGUCCUUUACAAUGAAAAGGAAGAUUUCACAGGUUCAGACUCUGUCAGCAAAAAUACCUAAUAUGGAGUCCGCUGUUUCUGAGAAACAGACUUUUAUUGAAAAAAGAAGUCAUGCACACACUUUCCUUCUGCAGGAGGAGCCAGAUCCCAAAACAGCAGCUGUCAAUGCGACAACUCCUACCCCUGUGCAUUUUAAACAAUACAAGCCAGGAACAAGACGGACCAUUCCUUUUCAUCUCAACACAAAUGCAAGCUCAUUCUUCACACGGCUGCAUGCUGUUCAGCAAGCUCGUUCCAGGUACAGCCUGUCUCCCAGGAAAUGGCCCAGUCAAGUUACAGGCUCAAAGACUGAACUCUCCAAAAAUCUCACAACAGAGCAGCAGAGAGCUUCCUCUUUGGAAACACCCCUCACAUUCCCUUUGCAUGAAAUAGGUUUUUCCCUUGACACAGCUCCACAGAGUGCCAGCUUCCUGCCUGGACCUGCUCCCCCAGCAAGGCUUCCAGCACAGACCACAGCAAUAAGAAAUGCAUCCAGUGUAGCGAUGGACCACAUGGAACUGCCAAAACCCAUCAGUGGGUCCCAUCAGAAAGCCCACUGUGGUUCAACGCUAUGCUUUAAUGGCGUGCAGUGUGAGCUAGCCAAAGAUGGAGGAUUUAAAUGUGGGUCUUGUCCCAGUGGAUACAGUGGUAAUGGAGUUACAUGUGAAGCGCAGUGUGACCCACCUUGUGAGCAUGGAGGAACCUGUGUCGCUCAGAAUACUUGUUCUUGUGCCUAUGGAUUUGUUGGUCCUCGAUGUGAAACGAUGGUGUGUAACAGGCACUGCCAUAACGGCGGGGUCUGUGUGUCACCAGACGAGUGCAAAUGUAGAAGUGGAUGGAGCAGCCCGUCCUGUGAAAUAGCUGUGUGCAAUCCCGUGUGCUUAAACGGAGGAAUCUGCGUGCGACCAAAUACUUGCACGUGUCCUUACGGUUUCUAUGGACCCCAGUGCCAGAGAGCUGUCUGCAUUCCUCCUUGUAAGAAUGGUGGCCACUGUGUUCGAACCAAUGUGUGCUCCUGUACCGAGGGCUACACUGGGAGAAGAUGUCAGAAAAGUGUCUGUGAUCCUGCAUGCAUGAAUGGAGGGAAAUGUGUAAGCCCAAAUGUCUGUGACUGCCCGUCUGGUUGGAGAGGAAAGCACUGCAAUAAACCUGUUUGCCUGCAGAAAUGCCUGAAUGGUGGAGAAUGUAUAGGUCCAAACAUCUGCGAGUGCCCUGGAGGAUGGGUGGGAAUGCUGUGCCAGACCCCAAUUUGUGAGCAAAAAUGUCUGUUUGGAAGCAGAUGCAUAAAACCAAAUGUCUGUGCUUGCAGAAGUGGCUAUACUGGGUCAGCAUGUGGAAAGAAGCUACCAACAGGAUGAAGAUAACAUAACAGCAGGACAAUGAAGACAAUCAUUUGGGUAUUGAUAAUCCUGAACUGAGCGCAUUUUUCAUUUGGGAAGACACAGUGAGAAGACAUCACUGCUUCUACUCUCCUAUAGUCACAAAGAAGUAUUAAAACACCAAGGCAUACGUCAAUAAACAGACCUCUACUUUCAAAACUGCCUGUGGUUUAGGAUCACAUUUCUGAUCUGCAGAUGGAACAUCACCAUCACAGUGACUACCCCUGCCCGCAAAUAACACAAAGAUUUUUAGUGUCCUGUUACUCUGCUUUCACUAAAACCUGAAGGCACAUAUAAAUGUCUUCAGUUAUGCCAGGCUUUUUGUUGUCGGUGGUGGUUUGUUUGUUUUAAAACAGGUUCUUUCUCCAGAGAAAAUAAGUACAUAAGAUCCCACUUUGUCUGACAAAUUCCAGGGACUACCAAGGGAAGGACCUCAGUAAUAUUUACUGAUACCAACUCCAGCCUGUAGCAUCAUUCCACUGAGUACCUGCUAGAGCCAGACGCUUCAGUUUUCCAGGUUGCCAAUGUGUCUGCAUUUACUUAAGGAGGUAUCAACACAAUGCAUGAUGAAAUGCUGGCAUUUGGUUGCACCUACACACAGGUUCAUCUUGCCCUCAGUCAUAGCUAUACAUUGCUCCUAUGCGAGUCAAUGGCUGACGUGCUAUGGAUACGAGGUCCCACAUAGCCAUGACACCUUAAUCCCUGGAAACAGUUUAGAAAACUAGCUUUUUAAUGAUACAACAAAGAUGCUUACUGAAAUACUCUCAAAAACUUGCAUUCUAUUCAGAUCUACAGAAUGCUACUUCUGACUGUUUCAUCACACAGCAUGGUUUUGAUGUCAGAUGGGAUGGAGCAGUGGCACAAAACCCAGGAAAGAGAUGGAAGGUGUGAAAAGAAGGACAGAAAUAAAUUAAUUACAAGUUUACCUGACAAGCAUUUUAAUCUGUCACCUCACACAACUUUCAGGUUCAGUAAGGUAAACCCCAAAUCAUCAUCUGGGCACUCGUGCUCUCUUUUUAUUUGUAUGACUGGGUUAUUCAGAACAACUAUAGAUCAAAAUGUCCAUGUCCUGAUGCAGGAAUACAGAAGUUUUGACAUUCCCUCACUAUUCUAAAAGCAAUUUGAAGGGAACAAUCACACAAAAAGGAUCUUUUGAUUGAACCUUCGGGGCUGCAACAGUAACUAGAUGUAAGGUUUGAUCUGACCCUUGCUGCCAGUUGGUAAGAAUAAAAAAAUUCCAACUGAAAGAUCUCAGAAUACUGCAAAUUAAGAGAUGAAAAAGCUAGAAAAACUGACAGAAUAAUUCCUCCUCCCUUUGGCCCAGCUCAUAAUAGUAGUGUUUUCUUCUUAUCCAUGGCUAACUUUGUAUAUAGCAAAAUGCUUUUAUAUGCAUCUAUUCUGUUUUCCAAUAAAUGGUUUUCUAUUCUUCA